AUAAAUGUCAAAGGAAAAGUCAUAAUACUUUUUGGAACCCUUUUAUGCAUGUGGUGAAUUUUACCAUAUAUCGGUAACAGAUUGUUAAAAAAACUUUUAUUUUUAAACACAUUAUACACUUAUGAGAAUAUUUACAGAAUUUCUACGUUUAGACAGUAUUUAUAUUAACAAUAAAAAAUGGGGAAAUCUAAGAAAAUCCGUAAAGGAACGGCUGAUGAAAGCGAAUCGGACGUCGAAAACGAUACUCAAGAGGUAAUCGAGAAAGCUCAAAAUAAGAAAAAAUCUUCCAAACCGCAGAUUCUCAGUGAUGACACGAAACUGGAUAAAGCCGAUUCUAAAAAAUCGAAAAGUAAAAAAGAGAAAAAACCUGUCGAAUCAGAUGGUUCUGAUAUUGAAGUAGUUUCUACUGUAAAGAAAUCAUUUGCGCUGCUGCAAAUUGAUGAUGAAGAUUCUGAUGGUGAUUCUAAAGCUAUUGUAGAUGAAGACGAAGACGAAUGUGAUACAAAACCUAUUAAGAAAGAUAAUAAAAAGAAAUCAAGUGAUGAUAAUAGGACUACAAAAAAUCAGGGGGGUAAAAAGGGAAAAAAGAACAGAAAACGUGAUGAUAGUGAUGAAGAUAUUGAAAAGGUCUUGGCGGAAUUGGAAAUGGAAUAUGCAGGUAUAAAAAAAGAACCUGAACCGUCCACAGAGGAGAAGCCCAAAGAAGAAAAGAAGAAAAAGGAAAAGUUGGAGGAAAAAAAGGAACCAGAAGUUGAUACAAAAACAGAAGAGGCUAGUACUGUGAAGACGGCCGCUCAAAAGAAAAAGGAAAAGAAAGAAAGAGAAAAGCAAAAGAAAUUAAGUCAAAAAAAGCAGGACACGACAAAAGAAGAUUCACAAGAGCCUGAGGAACAACCAAAAGAAAUGAUUAAGAAACUAGAAGAUGCAGGUGAUAAACAAGAGGAAGAUGAUCAAGAAGGGGAGAAAAAGAGUAAAAAGAAAAAGAAGAAAGGAAAAGAUGAUGAAGACAAAGAUGCCAAAGAUGGCAAAAAAGGUCCUGGUAAGAAGACUAUAGCAGCUAUGCAAGAAGCUCUCAAGAAACUUAAGGAAGAAGAGGAACGUCUAAAGAAAGAAGAAGAGGAGAGAUUAAAACGCGAAGAGGAAGCUGAAAAAGCCAGGCUAGAAGCAUUGAGAUUAGAACAAGAAAGGAAAGAAAGGAAAAAGCAGAAAGAAAAGGAAAGGAAAGAAAGACUGAAAGCUGAAGGAAAACUGUUGACUGCUAAACAGAAGGCUGAUAGGGUUAGGGCACAAGCAUUAAUUGAUAGUUUGAAAGCACAAGGGGUGGAAUUACCAGAUGUUGGUGAGAAGAAACCCAGACUUGGAACAAGGAUAAGGCCGAAUAAGCAAAAGAAAGAACAAACGCCAGUUCCAAAAGAAGAGGAUCAAACACUCGAGCCAGAAAAAAUAGAAUCCCCUAAAGAAGAAGCCGCCCCACAACCUCCUGAAGAAAUAAAAGAACCUGAAGUAGAAGAAGACGUCAAAGACGCUUGGGAUGCUUCAUCAGACGACGAAGAAAAAGAAGAAUCUCAACAAACAGCUAAUAAAUCAGUGGAAAGUAAAGAACAACCGGUCGAAGCGGAAGCCGAAGAAAGCAGUUCCGAAGAAGACGAAGAAUCAGAUAGCGAUGAAGAAGAAGAAGAAAGCGAAUCUGAAUCAGAAGACGAGGAAGAGGACGGUAAAACUGUAGCCGAAAGAGUUCGAGAUAAAGCUCUAGAAAGGAUAAAGAUCAGGAAAGAAAACGCUGAAAAGAAUAAAUCUCCGGAAAAUCUGAGAGCGGCAAUAGUUUGCGUAUUGGGUCACGUGGAUACAGGCAAAACGAAAAUUUUGGAUAAAUUGCGUCGUACCAACGUACAAGAUGGAGAAGCCGGCGGUAUAACUCAACAGAUCGGUGCCACCAAUGUCCCCAUGGACGCCAUCAAGGAACAAAUUAAAAUAGUCAAAGGGUUUAACGAUAUGGAAUUGAAAAUUCCGGGUCUUUUGAUUAUCGAUACGCCCGGUCACGAAUCGUUUUCCAAUCUACGCAAUCGCGGUUCUUCUCUAUGCGAUAUUGCCAUUCUGGUUGUGGAUAUUAUGCACGGUUUGGAACCUCAAACUAUCGAAUCGAUAAAUAUAUUGAAAAAUAAGAAAACUCCGUUUUUGGUGGCUCUAAAUAAAAUCGACAGAUUGUACGAUUGGCGAACGAUGAAUAGAAAAGACGUGAGGGAUAUUUUGAAAGCGCAAGCGCCGAAUACUCAGUUGGAGUUCGAAACUCGAACUAAAGAUGUCGUUUUGCAGUUUGCCGAACAAGGUUUAAAUGCAGCUCUAUUUUACGAAAAUCCCGAUACGCGUACUUACGUAUCUCUGGUACCUACCAGCGCCAUUACCGGUGAAGGUAUGGGUAACCUCCUAGCCCUCAUAGUAGAUUACUGUCAAACGAGGUUAACCAAACGUUUGAUGUAUUCCGAUGAACUCCAAGCGACUGUAUUGGAAGUCAAAGCAAUACCAGGAUUAGGUACCACCAUUGAUGUUAUUUUGGUAAACGGUACUUUAAGGGAAGGCGAUACGAUGUUAUGUGCUGGUACGGAUGGUCCCAUAGAAACCCAGAUUAGAUCCUUGUUAAUGCCUCAACCUUUACGAGAACUACGUGUCAAAAACGCGUAUAUUGAAUACAAAGAAAUCAAAGCGGCCCAGGGUGUAAAAAUCGCAGCUAAAGAAUUGGAAAAAGCUAUAGCCGGUUUGAACCUGUACGUAGCUCAAAAGUCGGAUGAAAUUGAUAUAUUAAAAGAAGAAGUAGCAAGGGAAUUAAAAUCGGCAUUGUCAAAUAUCAAAUUAGCAGAUCGGGGCGUUUAUGUGCAGGCUUCCACUUUGGGUUCAUUGGAAGCCCUCUUGGAGUUCUUGAGGACCAGCAAAAUUCCCUAUUCCGGUAUCAGGAUAGGACCUGUCGUCAAAAAGGAUGUAAUGAAAGCUUCUAUAAUGUUAGAACACGAAAGUCAAUACGCUACGAUACUAGCUUUCGACGUAAAAGUAGAACGGGACGCGCAAGAAUUGGCGGAUAGCGUCGGAGUGAAAAUAUUCCAAGCGGACAUCAUUUAUCAUCUUUUCGAUAAAUUUAUGGCGUAUCGCGAGGAAUUGAAACAAAGGAAACGCGAGGAAUUCAAACAUAUCGCCGUUUUUCCGUGCAAACUCAAAAUACUGCCGCAAUUCGUGUUCAAUUCCAGAGAUCCAAUCGUCGCCGGUGUUAUGGUCGAAGCUGGUAUAGUUAGGGAGGGUACACCCAUAUGCGUACCGAGCAAAGAGUUUGUGGAUUUGGGGAUCGUAACUAGUAUAGAAAGUAAUCACAAAACGGUGGAGAGCGCUCGGAAAGGCAUGGAAGUUUGUAUCAAGAUAGAACCUGUCCCUGGAGAAUCGCCUAAAAUGUUCGGUAGGCAUUUCGAUGAGACGGAUUUCCUUGUCAGUAAGAUAUCACGUCAAUCGAUAGACGCUUGCAAAGACUACUUCAGAGACGAUCUACAGAAAACCGAUUGGCAGUUGAUGGUGGAACUCAAAAAACUCUUCCAGAUUUUGUAAAAAAAAACAAACAGUGCAAUAUACACAUUUUCCAAUUUAAUUUUUAUUUUUUCAACUUACCCACAGUAGCAAACAAAACCAGUAUUUUUUUUCUCCCUUUUCGACAGUGUUUCAAAUAAAUGUAUAUUUAUAUAAACAAAUAAAUGACUAUAAACUGUUUAAA